AUUUAAAAAGCCACUGGACCAACACUGGUUGAACAAGGAUGCUGAGACCAUAUUGGGCAGUAUGGCAUAAAUGACUGUGGGUCUCAAGAGGCUGAAUAGCCUAUUCAAUUAUACCCACACCCAAAUAAGUGUAAGUAUAAUCGAUAAUGGAUAUUCAGGAGAACCACAUUCAUUCACUUGAAAAUGUACAAGAAGAGGAAAAUGACGGCACGAGGCUGAUCAAAAAAGAUGAAACUGAAAUUACACCAAACAGUUUUGAAGUAAGUCGACUCUUAAGUAAAUUCUACGGAAUAGGAACGAUCCUGUUUAGUGUAGCAAUAUACACAGCGGUGCUAAAAGGUUUCACCGGCGAUCGUAAAUCGGGACUCACUACCCCUGUCGCAUACUACUACAUGAGCAUUCUAUUCGGGCUCAGCAUCUUAUUCAUGGCUGCUACAUUUAUCAACGAGUACCUGUUGUAUCGUCGCAAUGCCGCAGCAAUUGAAAAGGAAAUUGCUCCACAGUCAACAAACGUUUACCUGAAAGUCGGUCUAGUGAUGUUUGGCAUUGUCGCCAUUUUGUUUCUACUAAUUGGGUUCAUGUGCUAUUUUGAUGUACCACCUAAGUAUCGUGACGCUGGUGAGUCUUACUUCGACAUGAUAGGCCUCGUUUUCCACGUUUUACAGAUAGCUUACCUGUUGCGUUACUCUAGGGUCUGCUUUCAGCAGAAGCCCGUUUUUAUCAGAUUUGGUGUGAUGCAUAUGAUCGCUACCAACGUAACUUAUUGGCUUCAGCUUGUUGCUUUUGAUACAGUCAUUGACUUUACUGAAGACUACAGAAAUAAUUCGUUUUUCAAUUUUUCACCGUACUCGGACGGCAAGAAUGUCUCAACACUGAAUAAAAUUUGUUCCAAAACUAGCGGUUACAUGACUGCAUGUAUCAUCGAAUACUCAAUAAUUGCCGCCACCUUGCUACAGAUAAUAUGGGGAAAUGUGGGACAAGUUAGACAACCAGCAGUAGAAAUCACCCCGGUGCAUAAACACUCACUGAAAAAUGCUUUGUACGGAAUUGCCACUGGCUCAGUGUUUUUGGUUUCGGUGAUCAUCUUUGGUGUUCUCAGCGUUACGCUGGACGACGAAAGAGUCAAACAUCUCGUUCUGCCCUUCUCUGUUUUUCGUAUUAUAACAUUCAUUUGCAUGUUAGUUACAGUAAUCGUCUGCCUACGAAGUGUACACCGCAAUUCCUGUAAUGCUUUAGGUGCAUUUCCACCAAUAACGUUCUCCACGAACGAUUGUACUCUUCUGUUGUUUUGCCUUAGCUUUUUUAUUUUGGAUGAUCUUUAUAGUCUGUUAGCGGUCAUUGUAAGCAAAAACGGCAAUGCUUUAGAUAUAUUUAAUUGCGUGCUAGGCUUAAUUGUUUUUAUUCUACAAUCUGUGGUCAUUAUAAUUGGCCUGUACGACAAUUCCGUCAUACUAAAACGUAAAAUGCUUAUCCGUCAGCUACUUAUGUUUUUGUUUGUUGUGAAUAUCUCGUGGUGGAUAUUUAGUCACUAUGAGUUAAAACACGAAAUGUUGUUUUAUGUAAUCGAGCCAAGCGUGUACACUGAGCUUCUCUGGUAUAUCAUUAAUCACAUCACAACUCCAGUGGUUAUUUUGUUUGCUUUUCACUCAAGCGCCUGUAUCUUUGAGAUCGUUGUUUCAAAAACUAACGGGAAUGAUAUUUAGCAAAAUGGUGGCCAGGUCCGGCUAUAAGUUUAUGAAAAGAUUAAAAAUUGUUAAUCUUAAUAUUAAUGUAAGGAAUACUAUGUUCACGGUUUAAUUAAUUUUAUCUAUAAGUUUAUAUCAAAUCCUACUCAUCAGUAGUGUUCUACCAGAAGACAGGUUCCUCAAUAGGUCCUAUUCCAUUAUUCUCGGUUCCCUGCAUUCCUCUUCAACUCAUUGUAACUUCUUCAAUUCCGGCUAUCAUCAAGCAUCAUUAUUCUCACAAAAAAUCCCAUUAAAUUACAUUAAUUUAAAAAUUUGAUAUAGGCCUAUUGUUAUAAAUAUUUGUUUUAUAAAUUGAAUAGAAUUAUAGCAGAAUAACAUAGUAUGAACCCUGGUGUAUUACAAUUUACUGUAUAACAAUUUAUUAAAAUGAGUUAAUUGUGUAUUAUAAUUAUCAUGACUAAAUUAUCCAAUAAACAAGGCAAUGGAAAAGAAAUUAAAAGCUGUGGAAAUGUGGUUCUACAGAAGAAUGUUGAAGAUCUCGUGGGAAAAGAAAAUGACAAAUGGAGAAGUGUUGCAAAAAGCGAAAACAGAAAGGCAGUUGAUAAACACCAUAAGAGAAAGACAAUGGAGAUUUGUUGGAUAUAUUCUAAGAGAAGAAGGUGGAAUUGAAAGACAUAUCAUCGAGAUGGAAUUGAAGGGGAAAAGGGCGAGAGGAAGGCAAAGGAUGAAGAUGCUUGAUUGGAUGAAAGAAAAGCUGAAUGUGAAGAAUGAUGUAGAGCUUGGGAAUAUUGCGAGAGAUAGAAAGAGAGGGAAAAAGACAGGACAGACACUGACAGACAAUCCAUGAACGCCUACGGCAUAAUAUAAGAAGAAAUUAUCCUUAUACUGUACAAGAAACAGGAACAAGGAAGAACAUUGCAGAGAGAUAAAUAUACACCACAGUGAUUUGUAAUUUUUUGGAGUAGGGUAGCUCAGUGGUUAAGAUGCUUGCCUUCUGAUCCCAGGGUCCUGGGGUCAAUACCUGUCACAGCAGGACUUUUUCUCACGACCAAAAACAACUCCACUCCCUAAGCCUCAUAAAGAGACAUGGUUUACAAUGCUUCAUUCUUAUCCUUUAAAUGGUGAGCGUAUUUGCUGUUGGAUGUGAAGGAAGUAAAUAAAUAUUUAAAAAUAAAUAAAGUAGAAACUAGAAACAUAAACACUUUGCAAAUUCCUGUAAAUAUAAAACUUCGGCUAUAGAAAAUGUAUUAUAAGAUUGAAAACCUUAAUAUAAAUUUAAGGAAUACUAUGUUCACGGUUUAAUUAAUCUUACCUGUAAGUUUAAUAUAUAAAUUAGAUAUAUUGUUAUGAAUACAGUAUUUGUUUUAUACUGAGUAGAAUUAUGUAAGAACAAUAUGGUGUCUAUUAUAAUAUGUUAUAAAUUACUGUAGGCCUAUUGAUUAAAAUGAAAUACCGUAAAACCUCAAUAGCAGUGAACUUUGGAUGGGCUUCUUUUCGAGGCUACAUUUGAAAAGUAAAGAAGGGGGAUUUUUUUUCAAGAUGAAUAAUGUAGAUUUUUGGAAUUACUACUAUAAAACAACAAACAAGGCCACUAUAACAUCAGUUUGAAUCAUGGAGUGUAUUAACCGGUAUUAAAUAACCUAAACUGCUGUAUAAA